GAAGUGUCAAUCAAGCAGCCGUACUUUAUUAUUGUUCUUUUACUUGUUUCAAGCAGUAGCAUUGAGCUUUAUCUCUGUUUCUUCACUCAAGAAGGCGGCGAUGACACAUGAGGAAGUAUCCUUGACGGUACCUCUUCUUGAGGAUGAUCAUAAGGAUGUGUUAGGAAGCAAAAUAGAGGAAUUAGACCCAAAUUCUGCUCAUCACACCGACACCAGUGCCAGCACUGUCAAUGUUUUCAGAACCUGUUUCAAUGGACUUAAUGCUCUUUCAGGAGUAGGGAUAUUAUCAAUUCCAUAUGCACUGGCAUCAGGGGGAUGGCUGAGCUUGGUUCUUCUUUUCGCCAUUGCCACUGCUGCAUUCUACGCAGGCUUGUUAAUUCAAAGAUGUAUGGAUGCAGAUCCAACAAUCAGAACUUAUCCAGACAUGGGGGAGCGAGCAUUUGGGAACAAAGGGAGAGUGAUGGCAUCAGUUGUUAUGUAUAUCGAGCUCUACUUGGUGGCGACUGGAUUUUUGAUUCUUGAAGGAGAUAACUUGCAGAAUUUGUUACCCGAUGUGGAGUUUGAAGUUGCAGGAGUAACAGUGGGAGGCCAAAAAGGGUUUAUUAUAAUUGUAGCUCUCAUAAUAUUGCCUACUGUUUGGUUGGAUAACUUGAGCCUUCUUUCUUAUGUCUCAGCAAGUGGGGUUUUGGCUUCUGCAGUCAUCUUGGGUUCAGUCAUCUGGACGGGUGCAUUUGAAGGUAUUGGGUUUCAACACAAGGGAACACUCAUAAACUGGGGUGGAAUCCCCACUGCUGUCAGCUUAUAUGCCUUCUGUUAUUGCUCUCAUCCAGUCUUCCCUACCCUUUACACUUCAAUGAAAAAAAGGCAUCAAUUCUCUAAUGUCCUGGUUGUAUGCUUUGUCUUGUGUACCAUCUGUUACACAUCAAUGGCGAUUUUCGGCUACUUAAUGUUUGGGUCAGAUGUUCAAUCACAGAUAACUUUGAACCUUCCAACAGACAAGCUCAGCGCAAGAGUUGCAAUAUACACCACCUUGGUCAAUCCCAUAUCCAAAUACGCAUUGAUGGUUACACCAAUUGUGAAUGCCACUAAAGCCUGGAUUCGAUAUCCCUGCGACAAGCGAGUCGUCAACCUCUUUGUGGGCACCACCCUGGUGAUCAGCACGCUUUUGGUGGCUCUGGCAGUUCCAUUUUUCGGUUCCCUCAUGUCACUAGUUGGAGCAUUUUUAAGUAUCACAGCUUCAGUCAUGCUACCAUGCGUCUUCUACUUGAAGAUAUCAGGAACUUACCAGAGAUUCAACGGCGAAUUAUUUGCUGUAAGCCUAAUCAUUUUGAUGAGUGUUGCGGUGGCUAUAUUUGGUACUUACACAUCUGUAUUAGACAUGAUAGGCAAAUUAUAAACACCAAUGCAUUGGUGAGUUUUGUCUUAUUUUGUUACAAUAUAACAAAUUCUAGUGUAAUUUUAGAGGGUUCCUUACCAAAUUCAGAUCAAGCUUUCCUUUUUAUCAUAA